UGAAGGAAUAAAAAACUUCAACAAUUAUAUGAUUUGAUGAAAGUUGAUUGUGAUCCAGUUUUAUUUAGUAAAAGAAAAGGCACAUUCACGAUCUCUCUCUCUCUCUCUCCCCCCUUUAUCAUCCCCAUCUCCAUCUCCAUCUCCAUCUCCAUAGAUUCUCUAGAUAUGGAACUAUUAGUGAUAACUCUAAUGUUGUUAUCUACUACUGCUCUUUCCCUUGCAGACACUAAUGUGUUAUCUGGAUCAGAAUGUUCAGAGGCUGAUAAUGCUGCAACCCAGAAUCCAUUCCAAACCAAUCUCAACAAUCUUCUGAAUUCACUAACUACAAGUGUACCUCUUCAUGGUGGUUUUUACAAAACCACAACAGGGAAAGACUCAGGCAAGAUAUAUGGCCUAGUGCAAUGUAGAGGUGACGUUUCCACCACAGAUUGCUUGAAUUGCUCUAAAAAAUCUACCAGUGCUGCUUUGCAAGGCUGUCCGCGGAGCAAGAAGAUUAAGGUUUGGUUCACAUGGUGCUUCUUACGCUAUUCGGACGAUAACUUUUUUGGUAUUUGGGAUCAAUCAUCCACGGCCUUGACUAAUGAUACAAAUCUUGAAGAUCCAUCCGUGGUAUCACAAGGACUUAAUUUUAUGACUGAACUUGCAUCUACAACAGCGAAGCAGCCUUCGAUGUUCGAGACAGCAGUGUUGGAUGGUGGAGAAAGUGGGAAGAGGUAUGGCAUGGGUCAGUGCACAAGGGAUAUCAGCAGGUCUGACUGCAGCAGCUGCUUGGAAGCACAGUUGGAAACUUUUAGAACCACAAUUGGGAAUAAAAGAAGUUGGGAGAUUUAUGGAUCAAGUUGUAGCAUGUGGUAUCAUGACUUCCAGUUCUAUUUCAACAUUUCAACUCCUGCAAAUGAUGGGGAUAGAAGUAUUUCUUUACAUGGAGUGGCAAUUGGAAUGGGUAUUGCAGAACUAGUGCUUCUUCUUUGGUGGAUCCUCUAGCAAAGAACGAAGUUCUUGACUAUUUGUUGAAGAGGAGAACACAAGGUUGUUGUGCAAUCCUGAGUACUGAAGUUCUAUUCUUUUAUUUGAUUGAUUUUCCUCCCUUGUGGUUGUAAAUAAUGUUUAUGUAUAAGGUAUGUCAUAAACAAGGGUGUGAAUGCCCUUGAACACAGUGCCCUCCAUGUGUUCAACUGAAACAUUUUGCCCUAUAUGACAUUCUUCUCUGUUAUUACGGCCUUUUCUU